UAAACAUCGAGCAACUGUGUCUACUAGUGUGAUGCCAAGUCUAAAGCAAGUGGAAAAUGCUACACUUAUGCCUUGUGGUUGAAAAAUGGCGUUAUCCAACAGCAGCACGCUUGCGUCCUCUGUUCCAUUCUCAUCGGUCUCUUCGCUCGCAAAUACAAAGGCUGUCCGGUUUGAUAUUGAGAGGUUAUGGAUAAAGAAUGAUAAUCAUCAUAUUGGGAGAAUGAGUAGUGCAUUGAGAGUUUCAAGAAAUGGGAGUUCCUCAUCAGUUGAGUCUGACGUCCCACUCCCCCGUGAUUAUGAAGAACUUCUUGUACAGGCCAAGAAAGCAACUGAUUUGGCUCUGAAGGACGGUAAACAACUGAUGGAGAUUGAAUUCCCAACAGCUGGACUUGAAUCUGUACCAGGUGAUGGUGAAGGGGGUAUAGAAAUGACUGAAAGCAUGCAGUUAAUACGUCAAUUUUGCGAUCGCUUUGUAAGUCCUGAGAAAGCUGCACGAACCCGAGUUUUUUUCCCAGAGGCAAACGAAGUUAAAUUUGCAAGGGAAUCAGCCUUUGGAGGAUCUUCUCUUAAGUUGGAUUAUUUGACAAAGCCAUCAUUUUUCGAGGACUUUGGUUUUGUUGAGAAAAUCAAAAUGACAGAUCGUGUGAAGCCAGAAGAUGAACUAUUCCUGGUCGCCUAUCCUUACUUUAAUGUCAAUGAAAUGCUUGUGGUGGAAGAACUUUACAACGAAGCUGUUGUGAACACAACAAGAAAAAUGAUUAUAUUCAAUGGUGAACUUGAUCGUAUACGAUCUGGCUAUUAUCCAUCCUUUUUCUAUCCUAAGCUGGCCUCUCUUUUGAAGACGCUCUUCCCAGUGAUGGAAACUGUGUAUUACAUUCACAAUUUUAAAGGACGCAAGGGAGGAACUCUUUUCAGGUGCUAUCCGGGCCCAUGGAAAGUUUUAAGAAAAGUAAAGAAAGAAAGCAUUUGUUUGCAUCAGCAGGAAUCCAUGCCAUCACUGAAGGAAGUUGCCCUUGAUAUUCUGCCAUCAGCUUGAGAAUUUGGUAAUUAGCUGCUCCGGAACUAAAUCUUCUUUAUUCGUUACCAUGUUUAGUAUUUGUAGUAUUGCCCCAAUUUCAAAAAGGAGUUCUCAAAUAAAGUGAGCUAGUGCAUUAAAUCA